AUGACAGAGGAUAACCACUCCUUGACAACAGAGUUUAUCCUCACAGGAUUCACAGAUCACCCAGAGCUGAAGACUCUUCUGGUUCUGGUGUUCCUUGCCAACUAUCUGAUCACUAUGGUGGGGAAUCUCGGCCUGGUGGCAUUGAUAUUUAUGGAAAGUCGUCUUCACACACCAAUGUACAUCUUUCUUGGUAACCUCGCUUUGAUGGAUUCCUGCUGUUCCUGUGCCAUUACUCCCAAGAUGUUACAGAAUUUCUUUUCUAAGGACAGAAUGAUUUCCCUCUAUGAAUGCAUGGCACAAUUUUACUUUCUCUGUCUUGCUGAAAGCACAGACUCCUUUCUCCUGGCAGCAAUGGCCUAUGAUCGUUUUGUGGCCAUAUGUAACCCACUGCAGUACCACACCAUGAUGUCAAAGAAACUCUGCAUUCAGAUGACAACAGGGGCCUACAUAGCUGGAAACAUGCAUUCCAUGAUUCAUAUAAGCCUUCUAUUUAGGUUAACGUACUGUGGGCCCCAUCAAAUCAAUCACUUUUUUUGUGAUGUUCUUCCAUUAUACAGACUCUCCUGUGUUGACCCUUAUAUCAAUGAAUUAAUGAUAUUUAUCUUUGGAGGGUCAAUUCAAAUCUUAACUAUUACCAUAGUAGUAAUCUCUUACCUUUUCAUUCUUCACACGAUUUUCAAAAUGAAAUCCAAAGAAGGAAGAAGGAAAGCCUUAUCUACUUGUGCAUCCCACUUUCUCUCUGUCUCAAUAUUCUAUGGUUCUCUUCUCUUCAUGUACAUUCGACCAAAUUCAGUUAAUGAAGAUGAUAAAGAUAUACCUGUUGCUAUUUUUUAUACUUUAGUGAUUCCUUUAUUGAACCCCUUUAUUUACAGUCUAAGAAAUAAGGAAGUAAUAAAUGUUAUGAAAAAAAUUAUGAAGAUUAGGGACAAGGGCAGCAUCAACAAAGAGUACAUUAAGUGCUCCAACCCCACCUACCAUGCACCACAGCUCAGAAAUGAGUCUGGAAGCCUCCAUUCCAACAAAAGGGGAACAGACCUGGCCCCUGUCAGGGCUGUGACAAUCACAAAAUAAAAACGAGGCCCCGCUCUACAAUGAGGGCAAGCUCUGAUCACCACAAUACCGGCCACACUCCCAAUCAAAAGGAUAGCAGCCAACACACAUGGAAGAAAGACGUGGCAACCAUUCAUACUAA